AUGAAGUCUUCACAGCCGCCAACAUUGACGCAAUCUUCUUCACAAAAGAAACAGCAGUCCAUCUCCAACUUCUUUAAAUCCAAACCAGCAGCCACACCCACGAAUGACAUACAGGAGAGCCAUGGCAACGGCCUGUUCGUAAGCGACGAUGGAGAGCUGCCCGACACGAAUGGAACACGAAAGACAUCGAAGCGACCAGUUGAAGAUGAGGCUGAAGACAUUACACAGCCGGUCCCAAAGCGGCGGAAGGAGAGCCCCGACAUCGAGAAACAUGAGCUGAGCACAUCCAAAGAUCAUGGUGUGGAGAAGGCGCCCAAAGCAACUGGCAGGACGUCCAAAUACGCGUUCUCCAGCUCGCCCGCCGCCGACGGCAAUAUUGAGGAAGAAGAGGAGCCAGACGACGAGGAGGCCCGCAGGACGAAGCAGCGCUUGCACCAGAAGUUUGUCAAGAAGCUUGGAAGGCCUGAUAGCAUUGCGGAUAUCAAGCGGCGAAAUGGCUUCAUUACCGAAGAGACACAGGGAGAAGACGACGCUGAAGAGGAAGAAGAAGGAGAGCGAGAGCCAUCGCCGCCACAACGGAAGGGCAAGAAGGCGGCUCCAGCGCAGCGAGGCCGAGGGAAGCUCACCCCAGGGGAGCAGCAGAUAGUAGAUCUCAAACGGAAGCAUCCGGACGCUUUGCUGCUUGUCGAGACUGGGUACAAAUACAAACUAUGGGGCGAAGAUGCGAGAGUAGCAGCCAAAGUGCUCGCAAUUGUGUGCAUCCCCGGGAAGUACAGAUUUGACGAGCAUCCAUCGGAGGCACACCUAAACAGAUUUGCGUCCGCAAGUUUUCCGACCCAUCGACUGCACGUUCACGUGAAGCGUCUGGUAUCUGCGGGUCAUAAAGUUGGUAUCGUGCGGCAACUCGAGACUGCGGCUCUGAAGGCUGCUGGAAGCAACCGCAGCAAACUAUUUGAACGCGGUUUGACGAAUCUCUACACAAAAGGCACAUAUAUCGAUGACCAGGAAGGGUUGGAUUUGGCCGGGGCGGACGGUGGGGCACCCGCUACUGGUCAUCUACUGUGCUUGACGGAGAGCUACCCCAAGGGCUCCGGCUCCGACGAGAAGGUGCAAAUUGGUAUGGUAGCAGUCCAGCCGUCAACGGGGGACAUCGUGUACGAUGAUUUCGAGGACGGUUGGAUGCGAAGUGAGCUGGAAACCAGGCUUCUACAUAUCUCGCCGUGCGAGUUCCUGGUCGUUGGCGAGCUCUCCAAAGCGACCGAGAAGCUGGUGCAGCAUCUUUCUGGAGGUGAUGAUGCGCGCCUAGAGCGAGUCGACAAGCCGAAGACGAUGGCUGCUCAGGCAUACAGUCACAUCACCAAGUUCUACGCCGACAAGAUGAAGGAUGGCGGCUUUCCCUCUUCACAAGUCCAGUCGUCUCAGGAGACUGGAACAUUGUUGGACAAGGCCCACAGGCUGUCGGAAAACGCCACUAUCUGCCUGUCUGCCAUGAUUACCCAUUUGACAGAUUACGGCCUUCAACACGUUUUCGACCUCACCAAGUACUUCCAGUCUUUCAGUGCAAGAUCUCACAUGCUGUUGAACGGCAACACUCUCACAAGUUUGGAGCUCUAUCGUAAUCAGACUGACCAAUCCGAGCACGGAAGCUUGUUCUGGACGCUUAAUCGUACCCAGACGAAGUUUGGCCGGAGACUGCUACGGAAAUGGGUUGGUAGACCGCUGCUCGAUCGCGCCCGACUGGACGAGCGUAUUGCCGCCGUUGAGGAGCUGAAAGACGGCCACGCAAACGCACGCGUUGACAGAGUGCGCCGUUUGCUGAGUCGGGUCAGAGCCGACCUUGAGAAGACUUUGAUACGCAUCUAUUACAAAAAGUGCAGCAGGCCGGAGCUAUUAGCUCUACUGCAGACAUUACAGAUGGUUGCCAAUGAAUAUUCGGAUGUCACAUCUCCAGCUGAAGCUGGCUUCCAGUCUGCCAUGAUCAACGAAGCCAUUGCGUCGCUACCGUGCAUUGCCGACGACGUUCUCGAAUACUUGAAUCGGCUCAAUGCCGAGGCUGCCAAGUCAGAUGACAAGUAUGACUUCUUCCGCGAACCGUUCGAGACGGAAGAUAUCACUGACCACAAGGUCGGAAUCGUGGCAGUGGAGCACGACCUCAACGAGUUCAAGAAUACGGCAGCCGAAAUUCUGAAGCGAAAACAGGUCACCUACGUGACUUCGGCAGAUGUUGACUACCUUAUCGAGCUUGACAAUGCCUUCCUAAAGAAUGUCCCGGCGUCCUGGGUUAAGGUCAGUGGUACCAAGAAGGUCUCCCGAUACCACGCGCCGGAAGUCGCAAAGCUGCUACGUGAACGUGACCAGCACAAGGAAGCCUUGACCAUUGCGUGCGACGCGGCUUUUCGAGACCUCCUGACUGAGAUCGGUUCCAAGUAUCAGGCGUUCAGGGACUGUGUUCAAUCUCUGGCGCUGUUGGAUUGCCUACUCUCCCAUGCUGAAAUAGCACAACAACCCGGCUACUGCAAACCCACCUUCAGAGACGAACCUGGCAUCUCAAUUGCAGCCGGGCGGCAUCCAAUGGUCGAGCAGGUCUUGCCUGACCCGUUCGUGCCGAAUGAUGUCCGUCUCAGCUCAGAGGGAACGCGUGCUCUGCUCAUCACGGGUCCGAACAUGGGCGGUAAAUCGAGCUACGUGCGAUCAGUCGCUCUGAUCGCCAUCAUGGCCCAGAUUGGGUCCUAUGUCCCUGCUGACUCCGCUGAGCUCGGGCUCUUAGAUGCGGUAUUCACGAGGAUGGGCGCGUUUGACAACAUGCUGAAGGGCGAGAGUACAUUCAUGGUCGAGCUGGGGGAGACGUCCGACAUUCUCAAGCAAGCUACACCGCGAAGUCUCGUGAUCCUCGAUGAGCUCGGGCGAGGGACCUCUACUCACGAUGGCGUCGCAAUCGCACAGUCGGUCUUGAGCCACGUGGUCUCGGAGAUCAAAAGUUUCACGCUAUUCAUCACUCACUACCAAUCGCUUGCGAGGAUGGCUGGCCAUUGGUCUACUGGAGGGCUCAAGAAUGUGCACAUGCGAUUCACAGAACGGGACAGUGAGACUGCAGACGGGGAGAAGGAUAUCACUUUCCUAUAUGAAGUCGGCAACGGCAUAGCGCAUCGCAGCUAUGGUCUGAAUGUUGCCAGGCUGGCUGGGCUGCCCAAGAGUCUGCUGGAGGAAGCUGGAAGGCAGAGCAAGAAGAUGGAGGAGGAAGAAGGGCAGAGGAAGAUGAAUUACCUGGCCAGAGCGGUGGGCGAUGUCGUAAGUGGUGGCGGAGAUGGAGGCGGGCUGCAGAGAUUGAUUGCUGGCAUCGAACAGCUGUGA